CCUCCACUAUCACAAGAUAAGAUAAGUUGGUGAUCUUGAGUGUGCGUUCAUGCCACAGUGCGGGGCAGCAACUGCUGUAAGUGAGAGAGUUGCGUUGUGUCCUGGAGCCUGGAAGGUGCAGCAGAACAGCUCACAUUCUCACGCUACCUCUGCUGUCCGGUUGCUAGGUUACUGAUGCUGAAAGUUGAGGAUGGAUGGUGCUUAUGUCAGAUGAAGGUGGUUGUGAGGGGGUAACUGAGAGGGGGCGUGUGUACUCCUGUACUACACACUCACGCUCCUACACCCGUCAAUCAUCCCCAUCGCCAACAUGCUCAAGAAAAUCAAGAAUAUAAGGAAGAGCAAAGGAGUUACAAGUAGUGAUAUACUGUCGCCCGUGCCUCCAGCGCCAGAGGUGUACGAGGCGCUGUACUCGUACAAGGCGACGAGGGAGGGCGACCUCUCCAUCAACGAGGGGGACGUGCUGGAGAUCCUGGCGGAGGAGGGCGACGGCUGGUGGAUGGCCGCCAACACCCGCACUGGAACCACCGGCUACGUCCCUUCCAACUUUAUCAAGAAAUAUCUUGCAGAAAAUUCAGCCUCGCCAGGAGGGGAAACGUACGCCCAGCCACUACCCGCCAUCACACCCGUCGCUAAACCUGAUAAGUACAUCGUUCUCUACGACUUCGAGGCGAUUGACACCGAUGGCAUCACUGUCCGGAGGAGCGAGGUGCUGGAGCUCCUGCACCAGCCGGACAGCCACUGGUCAUACGUCAAGGUGACGAGAGGCAGAACCGCCACAGAAGGAUACGUUCCCACCAACUACAUCGUUAAAGUAGAGGAUUACAGCGAUCAACCGUGGUACUUCGGGAAACUCUCACGGGAGGAGACUCAGGCGCUACUGCUGAAGCCUCUCAACGCCAGCGGCGCCUUCUUGAUCCGCAACUCUGAAAGCGACGUCGGGUUCUCCCUCUCAGUGUUAUUUUCGGGCUUGGUGAAGCACUACAGGGUGCGGGAGGAGGCGUCGAUGGGGAAGAGGAUCUACUUCAUAUCCACCGAGAAGUCCUUCGGCUCCCUCAAGGAGCUGGUGGAGUACUACCAGGAGAACACCGGCCUCUGUCUCCGCCUCACUCACCCAUGCAAGCGAGGUGGACCGGAAGGCCCUGUAACCCCAGGGAACAUAACGCUCCAGACCAAACCAACGGUCACCGUAACGGAGGGCACCAAAACAAAUGGUACUUCCCUACCUGAUACUACGACGAAGGACGUGGCGGAGGAAGGGAAGAGCGUGCAGAACGAAUGGGAGAUAGACCGCACCACCAUCCAGAUGCAUAAGAAGUUGGGGAGUGGCCAGUUCGGUGACGUGUUCUUGGGUCGCUGGAACAACGAGACGGAUGUUGCUGUUAAGACGAUGAAGUCAGAUUGCAUGGAGUUGGAGGAGUUCGUGAGAGAGGCGGAGGUGAUGCAGAAGCUGCGUCACCCCAAGCUUGUGAAGCUGUACGGCCUGUGUACCACGCCCAGAGAUCAACCACUCCUCAUUGUAGCAGAGCUCGUCAAGAACGGCGCCCUCCUCCAGCACCUUCGCAACAGAAAACAGGAGAGGCGGCCGCACCCCUCCAGAGAGCUCAUCAUGAUGGGUGUACAGGUGGCCUCCGGUAUGGCCUACCUCGAGGCUGAGAAGUUUAUACACAGAGACCUGGCCGCUCGCAACGUCCUCGUUGGUGACGGCAUUAAUGUGAAGAUCGCUGAUUUUGGACUAGCUAGGGUAAUUAAGGAUGACAUCUAUCAACACAACUCUCAGAGAAAGAUCCCAUACAAGUGGACGGCCCCGGAAGCCAUCAGUCACGGUCACUUCACCUCCAAAUCAGACGUUUGGUCCUACGGCAUCCUUCUCUUCGAGAUUGUCACUCACGGACAGAUGCCCUACGAGGAGAUGGACAACAAGACCACAGUGACCAUGAUCAACAAGGGCUACCGCCUGCCCAAGCCUCCGUCCUGUCCCCAGGCGCUCUACGAAAUCAUGUUUAAGUGCUGGUUGGAUAAGCCUGAACUUCGCCUGAACUUUGCCGAAUUGAAGAAAGAAAUGGAGAAACUUUCUAAAAAAAAAUUGACUUGAUCUUGCCGGCAAAGUAACAAGAGAUUUGUAACAUUGCCAUUAAUGGCAAACUUGCUAGAAAUUCCCGUUUUCUAAGUGUAUUACAUGUAUAAUUUUUUUAACUAUUGAAAUGUGAAACUUUGAAACUGGCUUUAUUGCUGAUGAUAAAUUUCCAAUAGUGGUUUUGACAUGAAACAGGUGGCAGCUGAUCACUCAUACAGCAGGUGAAAGACAUUAUAGCAGUCCGUAAAAAGGAAAUUAAUCCUCCUUUAAGAUAUUAGUGUCCUCAACAGAUUAACUAAAUAAAGCAAUUGAGAAUGUAAACACAACGAGAUUAGAGAGAGAGAGAGUGUUACAUUGGUAUCACUGGUAUGUAUACUACUCCUGUAAUUAUGAUUACAGGAGUAAUCAUAACAUACACAUGCAUACAUUUACUGUUUUAAGCAUCAUUGACAAACAUUUUAUUUUGUCUUGAACUCAAUAUUGGUGCAUUUAUUAUAUUGGUAUUUUAUGUCAGCAAAAACAAAGAUCAACAAUAAGCUUUUAUUUGUAGAUAAUAAACCCAACCACUUGGGCUGGACGGUAGAGCGGUGGUCUCAUUUCUUGCAAGUCGGCGUUCAAUCCCCAACCCUUCAAGUGUUUGGCCACCAUUCCUUUCCUCCGUUCUUUCCUAAAUCCUUAUCCUGAUCCCUUCCAAGUGCUAUAGUCCUACGGGGCUAGCGCUUUCUCCUGAUAAUUUCAAUACCUUGUAGAUAAUAAGCGUCUCACUCAUCAACGUUGUUUUGUUUUAACCUUUUAUUGCAUACUAUUUAAAUUAGUCUUUUCAAAACAUAUUUUAUUUCUAGGAAUAAUUGUAAUUAGUCAUUAGGUUCAUUACACACUAAAAAUGUGAUAAAUAUAUAUAAAUUCAAAUUAAAAAUAACAUUUG